CAUCAAGACUACACUGUCCGGCCCCGCUGCCUGACAGCGACGGCCGAAAGGCAACAUUUCCUCUGAUGGCGUUUUGGAAACAAAGAACCGUUUAUCUCAUGAGCGAUUUCAUUGACGGCUCCGACUCUAAGCCGUAUCUUCUAGCUACGAAAAUGAAGUUCAGUUACGACUCGCCUCAGUCUCAAGCAGCAUCCGAUGGAUCUCUCCUGUCGCUUCCCCAUAUCGGCCAGGCCGAUGCAGCACUUCCCUCUGAUGCGGCCCCAUUUUAUGGAUUCUGACAUGGACUAUGAGAGGCCAAAUGUCGAGACUAUCAAGUGUGUGGUGGUUGGGGACAAUGCAGUUGGAAAGACCAGACUCAUCUGUGCCCGGGCCUGUAAUGCCACCCUUACACAGUACCAGCUACUGGCCACACAUGUGCCCACUGUCUGGGCCAUAGACCAGUACAGAGUCUGCCAGGAGGUUCUAGAAAGGUCCAGGGAUGUUGUGGAUGAUGUCAGUGUGUCUUUGCGCCUCUGGGACACUUUUGGUGACCAUCACAAGGACCGCAGAUUUGCAUAUGGCAGGUCUGAUGUGGUGGUAUUGUGUUUCUCCAUUGCAAACCCAAACUCACUUCACCAUGUGCGGACCAUGUGGUACCCCGAGAUCAAGCAUUUCUGUCCCAGAGCUCCUGUUAUCCUAGUGGGGUGCCAACUAGACCUGCGAUAUGCUGACUUGGAGGCAGUGAACAGAGCUCGCCGGCCACUGGCCAGACCAAUCAAAUCCAAUGAAAUUCUGGCCCCAGAGAAAGGACGUGAGGUGGCUAAAGACCUAGGCAUCCAUUAUUACGAAACUAGCGUUGUUGCUCAGUUUGGGGUCAAGGACGUUUUCGACAAUGCUAUCCGUGCAGCCCUUAUUUCACGGCGUCAUCUGCAGUUCUGGAAGUCUCAUUUACGUAAUGUUCAAAGGCCACUCCUCCAAGCCCCCUUCCUUCCCCCCAAACCCCCUCCACCCAUUAUCACAGUUCCCACCGCUCCCAGUAACAUUGAAGAGCACCCAAGCCGCCUGUUGGAAGAUUCACUCUGUGCUGAUGUCAUCUUGGUCCUACAGGAACGCCAGAGGAUCUUUGCCCACCGCAUUUACCUUGCCACUUCCUCCUCCAAGUUCUACGACAUCUUCUUGACAGAAUCUCGAGCUCCUGACGAGAACAAAAGGGAGCGAGAACGACCCCGAGGGCUGCCACUUUCUGGUCGUGACUUGCUGAUGCGGGCAGCUAGCUUUGACGUUUGUGAAAGUAAUGAUGAUGGUGAUAGGGCAAACUUGCGUGCCUGCACCAGUGAUGGAACUCUAAAAGGUGGAGAUGGUGAUCGGCAUGGUCGUCUUCUCCCUGCCUUGAGUCGUGCGUUCAUUAGCAUCCAAGAAGAGAUGGUCGAUGAUCCCGUCACCUUCAACCCUAGAAGAAUGACUGUGGUACACAUGGACCCUUCAAUGCAACCGGGCCCAUUUCGUUCAGUGUUGCGGUACCUGUACACAGGUAAACUUGAUGAGCGUGAGAAGGAGCUGAUGCAGGUGGCCCAUAUUGCAGAGCUUCUGGAAGUGUUUGACCUGCGUAUGAUGGUGGCGAACAUCCUGAACAAUGAAGCCUUCAUGAAUCAGGAGAUCACCAAGGCCUUUCACGUGAGACGCAUCAAUCGAGUGAAAGAAUGCCUAGCGAAGGGGACCUUCUCUGAUGUUGUGUUCAGGUUGGAUGAUGGCACCAUCAUGGCCCAUAAACCACUGCUCAUCUCAAGCUGUGAUUGGAUGGCAGCCAUGUUUGGUGGACCAUUUGUGGAGAGUUGCACAAAAGAGGUGCUGUUUCCUAACACUACACGUAGCUGUAUGCGUGCUGUGCUGGAGUAUCUCUACACUGGCCGAUUCUGCUCUCGCCCAGAUCUGGAUGCCAUGGAGCUCAUUGUACUUGCAAACCGACUCUGUCUGCCUCACCUGGUUGCGCUGACAGAGCUCUACACUGUGACGGUACUAACAGAGGCUGCUAUGAUGGGAGCUGAUAUAGAUGGAGAUGUUCUGCUCUAUCUGGACAUGGCUCAGUUCCACUGUGCUCAUCAGUUGACUGACUGGUGCCUCCAUCAUAUUUGCACCAACUACAACAGAGUCUGCCGCAAAUUCCCUCGGGACAUGAAGGUCAAGUCUACAGAAAACCAGGAGUACUUCGAGAAACAUCGCUGGCCUCCGGUAUGGUAUCUAAAGGAAGAAGAUCACUAUCAGCGAACUCGUAAAGAACGUGAGAAAGAAGAUCACUUGUACCAAAAGCGCCAGUGUAAACGCAAAUGGCUCUUUUGGAACCUACCUCCUUCAUCCAAUUCACCUUCUUCUCCUGGUUCCUCUGCAAUUAUCUGAUUGGGUACAGGACCCACCUAACAGCCCCAAAUGUGAGAUUUAAACAGCAGUGAUAUACUUUUAUCGGCUUAACUCUACAAGAUUUUCUCUCUACAUUUUCUGUUGAGCGCAAAAAGCUAAAAUGAAACAGGAUGGAGAAAGUGAGUCAAAGAAACACAAAGCUUUUUUAAAAGUGCAUUUUUGAGGCUCUUUACCAAAAACAGCUUUGACAAGAAUUUAUAUCAGUGAAAUCACAGCUUUGUGCUGCUCCAUUUGCAAAAAGAAUCUUCAGCAUCAGUUCCCAAACAUAAUCAUUACAAGUAAAGCUGCGUAAUCUGUAUAGAAAACACAUUGCAGAACUGCACACACUCUUACCUUGAAAUGCUAAGCUUGAAGUGCUUCCCUGCUGUAAAGGACAAACGAACAGGGACAUUUUACAGCAACCAGCAAAUAUGAAAAACAUUUAUUCCUCAGUAUUUUGGAUAUCUACAAUCAAACCACUUCUCCAGAGCAUCGUUCACAAGAUUCAAAGAGGGGUGUCUUCCCUAUCUUUCACAAUCUACUGGUGAGAUAUCAAUGCUUUGAUGAUGGUAGUGAUGGGUUGUAUCAGUCUGAAUAUCUGUGAUCUAAACCAAAUGAGAGGCACUUUAUCUUUAAUUAGAUCACUAUGCCUUGCUCUAGUCCUGCUCUUGGAGAAUUAUCAGGCUGAUUGUUAAUCGUGCACAACAGAUGAAUACAUUUAGACAAAUUGUUUAUUCUGCACACUGUGGUCAAUAUUUUUGGUAACUUGUUAGAACAAGGCAAUCUUUCUUGUCUCUUUCUGUUGAAUUUUCUUUCUUCUCUCUUUCUGUUGCUGUAUUACUUUAUUUCUUCAACUAUAAACACAAAAGGAGAUGUUAGGGAGAACGAUCAUGUUGCUCUUAUGCAUGAAAUGAAAGUGAAUGGUGACCGUGGAACAAAAAAUUUGACGUUCAGCAGAAUGUUCCAACUGCUCUUUUCCAUACAAUGAAAGUGAAUGCUGACCAGGGGCUGUAAAGCUUUAAAAAUGGCAAAAUUCAUCAUAAAAUGUAUCCAUUUUUAUGUUUUCUGAAGUCAUAUGGCUUUGUGUAAGGAAUGGUUAAAAUUUUAAGUUGUAAUUCACUGAAGUCUCCUCUGUUGCAGCUGACAAAUCUAAUUUGUGUUAUUCAAAUAUGCACAUAUUCUAAUUUGCCGUGUUUGGUCCUUUACUAGACACAUUACAACAAGUGAUGUUUGGCAUUACUGCCGUCAAACUUGGUUUGACAUGCUUUGAUGUGCCGUAUUUAAAUGCACAGUGCAUUAACUUGGAUGAAAUUUAAGAGCUGCUGCAGAGGAGAAGAUUAUUAUUGAAUAAUGUCGUCAUCGGAAUUAUGGCACUUUUUUUGUCAUUUUUGGAGCUUUACUGUGCUUUGUCCAUGAAAAGGAGCACUGUGAACAUUCUGCUUUUUAAUUUUUUUCUUUUCAUUAUGUGCUGUACAGAACAAAGAAAAUCAUACAUGUUUAGUAUGAUGUAAAUCAGGGGUGACCAACCCUGCUCCUGGAGAGGUAACUUCCUGCAGAGUUUACAUCCAACCCUAAUCAAACACACCUGAACCAGCUUAUCAAGGUCUUUAGGAUUACUUGAAAAUGACAGGCAGGUGUGUUGGAGCUAAACUGCAGGAAGGUAGCUGUCCACGAGCAGGGUUGGUCACCCCAGAUGUAAAUGAUAAAAAAAUUGAAUGUUUUGGGUGAAUUAUUUCUUUAAUAAUUGUAAUUGCUCCUUCAAUAUCCACUAACAGGUUGGGAAAGUGAAACAGACAUUUGAAUGAGAAUGGGCUUUCACACAAAAUAAUAUUAUACUUAUAUGUGUAACAUGGAAUCAAGUUCAGGUUUAAAUCAAAAUUGCCUCCUGAAAGCUGCAUUUUAUCUCGAUAACAAUAUUCUGGAAAAAAGAGUAACAACCUGUAAUAUUAUAACCACAUACUUCAAAACAGGACCCCAGGUGAACAAUCACACUGGGUUUCUAUACAGGGAAUAUAAACAGUGCCUCAACGCUGCUGAUAUUUCACAGUGUGGGCGCAGGCUGCUGUCUUUACCAAAGUAAGCUCACAAAUUAUUCAUAAUGUGAAUGAUAUUCUAAUCUAUUCAUUUUAAAUGCUCGUGAAUAGAUAUUAGAUGAGUUUCACAGGCAGGCCUGUGACAAAUCUAUCACAUCACAGCAUGCUCUUACAUGUACAGAAUCCCAUUGUGGGAACAGUUUAAGGUCUUUAAAAUAUUUAUAUAGCUACUAAAAACUUAGGAAAAAAGCAAGAUAUUAUAUGAAUGUUAGAACAUACUUAAAUAUGCAUAUACCAAAAGAAGGAAAAGUUUCAAUUGAAUGAUGCAAUGCAAGGUAGUAUUACAAAUGUACAUUUACAUAGUUACUGUAUUUGAUAAAAAGUGCAUUACCUCGAGGAGAGGGAAUUACAAAAACAUGGUUUAUAGACUUAAACCCUUAUAAAUGUUAAUGUUAAUGACCGGGUACAUGCGAUACUGACAAGAGGCAAAUAGAGCUUCAAAUGCAGUGUUUGUUGUAAUGCAUUACAAAGUAAUUAAUUACUGUAAGUAAAUAACUUUUUCAUUGAAAAAGUAAAGUAAGGGAUUACUUAAAGUAAGUUAUUUUUUCAGUUAACUACAGUUACUUCUGAUGUAAUUGUGUUAAAUACUUUAUAGACUAUAGAACAAUUCUAUAUAAAACAAUAGUAAAUUUAAAAUCGAAAUUUAAUAUCUAAUGUUAAAAUAUAUGUUUUUUACCCCUUUAAUGAAUAAUUUAUUUGAUUUUAUGAUUUAUUUGAAAGAAUUAAAAUAACAAUUUCAUGUCUAUCCUUGUAUUUUUCAUCUGUUCGAGGUUGAUAAGGGUUUUCGAAAGUAAUUAGUUAUAAGUAAUGCAGUUACUUUUUAGACAGAUUAAUUAGUACAGUAAUAUAAUUACACUGUAGAAGAUGUAAUUAGUAAUUCAUUACUUUUUUAGAGUAACUUACCCAACACUGUUAAAAUGUAGAAUGACUUACAGAAUAACAAAAAAAUGUAGUUGUUUAUAGUUGUAAUAGCACCAAAAGGACCUUUAUAGGGAAAAAAGUUCAGGAGAAAAUAUAUAACACUUCUCAAUCUCUUCAUUUUAUUUAUUUUUUACAGAGGGCAAUUUGCUAUGUAGUUUUAGCCCGUUUUAAACAAAAUGCUUUCGUUAAUCAAGCUAAUUCAGAGCUGACCUGCACGUGUAAGGAGAAAUAUUACUUUACUUUAGUAGCUGUUAAGUGCAUUUUAUAUAUGCUGUGCUUGUAGAUUUAAAACAGCAGAUAUGAAAAGGCAAUUAUAAUAAAAUACACAAUGGACUGUUAAUCACCUAGAGGGGCUGAUCGGUAUUGAAGACUUUUCUGUAUCUGUCUAAGCAUUUGUAACACCGCUCAGGAACAUUUGCUGACUCAUUAAAAGAUAUAUAGUUAUAAAAGAAAGUGUCAUCAUUUUAAACCUAACACACUUUUUUCAUUCUUUAAAAUAAAUGCCAGUUGCUUUGAUAUUUUAUUAUCAAAUGGAUUGACAUUCAUUAUUAACAUUUUUAAGUGUGUCUUAAGUGUCUAAAUACUUUUUGGGGCCACUUUAAGACAAGAAUGGUAAUAGGAGAAGAAAACUUGUGUGUAAGUGGUGUACUGUAAUUUACAGACAAUCACAGCAACCUGGUAACAGACUAUACACAUAUGACAUUUCUUUGCUUUUGUUGGUCUACAAAGGUUUUAAUCUUCAUUAGAGUACAUACUGUACAGUUGUGUUGCACUAGUACAUUAAUUAUACUAUAAGUCUGACCAUUACAGUAAAAUAAGUAUGAUGAUGCAUAUGAAUGUGAAUUUUUAUGAAUGGGAUAUACAGACAUCUUGAAAUGUGCUAUGAGAUUGGACAUGAUUUUCACACAUAUUGACCUUUUCCUCAGCCAAGAUUCAAAUACUACAGGAUGUAAAAAAUGUAUUACAUUAAUUAGAAGAGUUUCUCAGAACACUGAGUUCCAAAUCUGUUGCUGCAGAGAAGAUACCCCAUGCCUUAAUGUGAAGUACAAAAGGAGAGGCGUUGAUAUUACUUGCUGUUUAUAUUUGAAAUGUAAAGAAAUAUAGGAUGUGUAUCAUAUGUUCUGUACACCAAAUAGGUGCUUAGUGUGAAAAAUAUAUUACUGUAUGUCAUGUUGUUUGUAAAAGACUGUAUAUUCGUCUACUUUUCUUGAAUGUUUUGUUUUAGCUAGACCAUCGUUAGCAUGUGGUAUUCACUCUAUAAUAUGUCAGUAUUAUGCAUCGCAUUUCAAUGCUUAGAAUCAUUGGCCAUUAUAUCAGUGCAGAGAACUCCAUCUCCAAAUAUAUAGGGGACAGGGACUAGUUGUCACACCUUUUUCUCCAGAGAAUGUUUUCUCAGGAUGGGUUUAUUUUUUUUAUGUCUGUUUCUGUACAGACACAUAUUUUGAAGUCUUGUGCAAAAAAAAAGAAUAAUAAAUUUAACAAUUGCAUUUUUAUUAACGAACAUUAACAAAGAUGAA